UCCGCACCGCAAUGUUUUCUGGGAUGGGAACCACUCCGCCUCACCGCCCCUGUGCUCCGAGGGCAGCGCGGACCUUUCAACGAGGGCUCUGUUGAUUCUCACGCUACGACCCUGGAAGGCGAUGGAGGUGGCCGCUAAUUGCUCCCUGCGGGUGAAGAGACCUCUGUUGGAUCCCCGCUUCGAGGGUUACAAGCUCUCCCUCGAGCCGCUGCCCUGUUACCAGCUGGAGCUUGACGCAGCUGUGGCAGAAGUAAGACUUGGAGAUGACCAGUAUACACUGGAACACAUGCAUGCUUUCGGAAUGUAUAAUUACCUACACUGUGAUUCAUGGUAUCAAGACAGUGUCUACUACAUUGAUAACCUUGGGAGAAUUAUGAAUUUAACAGUGAUGCUGGAUACUGCCUUAGGAAAACCACGAGAAGUGUUUCGACUUCCUACAGAUUUGACAGCAUAUGACAAUCGCCUUUGUGCAUCUAUCCACUUCACAUCUUCUUCCUGGGUUACGUUAUCGGAUGGCACUGGAAGGUUGUAUCUCAUCGGUACAGGUGAACGUGGAAAUGGUGCUUCUGAAAAAUGGGAGAUUAUAUUUAAUGAAGAGCUUGGGAAUCCUUUUAUCAUAAUUCACAGUAUCUCAUUGCUGAAAGCUGAAAAACAUUUAAUAGCUACUCUACUUCUUCGAAUAGAGAAAGAGGAAUUAGAUAUGAAAGGAAGUGGAUUCUAUGUUUCUUUGGAGUGGGUCACAAUCAGUAAGAAAGACAAAGAUAAUGAAAAGUAUGAAAUUAUUAAGCGUGAUAUUCUCCGUGGAAAGUCAGUGCCACAUUACGCUGCUAUCGAGCCUGAUGGGAAUGGUCUAAUGAUUGUCUCCUACAAGUCCUUCACAUUUGUUCAGGGUAGCCAAGAUCUUGAAGAAAACAAGGAUGAAAACAUGUCAGAGAAAAUCAAAGUAGAACCUCUGUAUUUCUGGCAACAGACUGAAGAUGAUUUGACAGUAACAAUACGGCUUCCAGAAGACAGUACGAAGGAGGAUGUUCAAAUACAAUUUUUGUCUGAUCACAUCAGUGUUGUGCUAAAGGGUCAGAGGUUUUUGAAGGGAAAUCUCUAUUCUUCUAUUGAUCAAGAGAGCAGUACAUGGAUAAUUAAAGAUAAUAGUAGCUUGGAGAUUUCCUUGAUUAAGAAGAACGAAGGACUGACAUGGCCAGAACUAGUAAUUGGUGAUAAACAAGGGGAAUUUCUACGAGACUCAGCCCAGUGUGCUGCAAUAGCAGAACGUUUGAUGCAUUUGACCUCUGAAGAACUGAAUCCAAAUCCAGAUAAAGAAAAACCUCCUUGUAAUGCUCAAGAGUUAGAAGAAUGUGAUAUUUUCUUUGAAGAGAGCUCCAGUUUAUGCAGAUUUGAUGGCAAUACAUUAAAAACUACUCAUGUGGUGAAUCUUGGAAGCAACCAGUACCUUUUCUCUGUCGUAGUGGAUCCUAAAGAAAUGCCCUGCUUCUGUCUGCGCCAUGAUGUUGAUGCCCUGCUCUGGCAGCCACACUCCAGCAAGCAAGAUGAUAUGUGGGAACACAUUGCAACUUUCAAUGCUUUAGGCUACGUCCAAGCAUCGAAGAGGGACAAAAAAUUUUUCGCCUGUGCUCCAAAUUCCUCCUAUGCAGCCCUUUGCGAGUGCCUUCGUCGCGUAUUCAUCUAUCGCCAGCCCACUCCCAUGUCCACUGUGCUGUACAACAGGAAGGAAGGCAGGCAAGUAGGGCAGGUUGCUAAGCAGCAGGUAGCAAGCCUAGAAACCAGUGAUCCUAUUUUAGGCUUUCAAGCAACAAAUGAGAGAUUAUUUGUCCUCACUACUAAAAACCUCUUUCUAAUAAAAGUUAAUACAGAGAAUUAAUUACUCCAACAAUGUGGCUCCUAAGUACUGACAACUGUUCAGUGACAGCUGGAAGCCUGGGCAGUUAUACUGUAACCUGUUAAAUUUUCAUGUGUCAAAUAAAAUAAUCUUGUAUAAAUUCUGUAUUUUCUAAAGGAUAUUGGAAUAUAUAUAAAGGAUUAUGAUUCUAUAAAAACUAUGGAAUGAAGCUGCAAAUUUAGAGAAAAUUGACUUCUGUAAAAAUUGUAAAGAUAUCAUUAGCAAGUAUAUUUUUUAAAAACAGGCCAGAAUCUCAUCUUUUAUAUGACAGAUGUACAAUUCAGUGUUUAAAAAUAAAAAUAUUUAUCAUGUACUCUGUUCAUUGACAUAGUUUUCUUCAUUCAUACCUAUAGAACAUGUAGGAGGAUAACAGCUAAAAUGUUAAUUCUUGUAAAUACUUAUUUAAAUGGACUGAAUAGCUGAGGUAGAGGGGGAAAUAUAGCCAGGGCAAUAUUGUUCAAGUUUGCUGAGAGGCCUUAAUUAUUUUCUCAAGUUAAGCAUAGCUGUAUUUAACUUUCAUAAAUUUGCUCCUCCAAAAAAAUAGACAAAGAGAGAUCAUUAGGUUACACAAAGUGUAGCUUGUAUCCAUUUCUGCAAAACAAACCAUCUAAAACUCAGUGGUUUAAAACAAGGAUAUUUUAUGAUUUUUCAUGAUUUAAUGACUUGGCUGUCUCUUCUCUACAUGGCCUUUCAUCCUCCAGGAGGCCGGACUGGGCUUAUUCCCAAGAUAGAGAAAACAUUCCCAAGAGGGCAAGCCCUAACACACAAGAGCUUAUCAAGCCUCUGCUUCCGUCACAUCAGCUCUGUUUCCAUUGAACAAAGCAAGUCACAUGGCCAUGUCUAGAACCAAUGUGAGAGGUUAAUGCACAGGACACAGAUAGCAGGAGGGAGGAUGCAUUGAUCAUUAAUGUAACAGUCUACCACACAAACUAUAAAUUGGCCUUGUAGUUCUUAUAUUUCUAUGGUUAAAAAAAUGUAAUCCUGAUUAUACAUUACAUAUUUUUUGCCAUCAGAGUUAGUUUCUCAUAUUAUUUCCUUGGAGUUUUUGGUUUGUGUUUACCUGGAAAGUUAUUUACUUUUUAUACCAUUUUUAGGUGUACUGCUUAUAAAACCUCAUGUUGGUUUUUAUAUUUUAAUAAGGAAGUUGAGACCUUAACAAGGCAGAAAGGAGGAGGAAAGAGGUAUAACAUAGAAAGUACUUGUUCCUAACAUCUCUCUCUGCCUAUCUAGGCCAGUGUUUGGCUGAAUUAGUAAAAGGAGAAGCAAGUUUGAGGGUCAGAAAAGGAGGAGAAAAGAUGGGGGUUGUAUACAUGUUCUACAGUAUGUCAGAGAGAAGUAUUAGGAUUCUUGAUAAAAAGUUGGGGGAAGUUCUGAGAACUGGUAACAGCUGGAGUCCAAAUAGUACUCUGCUAAAUGUUAGGAAAGAGAUUAGAUAUCAAGCAUCAUAAGGUCAUGAACUUAAGGGGAAAAAAGUCACAAAAUGGUGAUAUUUUCAGAACUUUUUACUAUCAUUGUAAAACUUAAUGAAAAAGACUAAAUGGUGAACUGUUAAAAGUCUUACUAUGUGAUAGUAGAUUUAAAUUUUCUUUAUAAUUUUCCCCAAAGAUCAUAUGUACCCUCUUAGGGAAUUUAAGAAAAAUAAUGGAAUAAUGUGGUGCUUAAUUAACCAUAUUACUAUGUAUACAUGCAAUUUCCAGAUAGCAAUCAGUUUUCUUUACUUUAUACAUGUGAUUUUUAACACAAUUAAUGUUUAACUGAAAACUAUCAGGCUAAUUAAGUCCUAAGCAUUGUUGCAUAUUCAUCUAUGUUGAGAAUAAUAAGUCUAGAGCAGUGAUUCCAAGCUUUUUUUGCAAUGUUGCAAGGAUUCCAAAUUGAAUUCAACUUAAACAAUGUUCCAAACUUUAAAAAAUAAUGAACACAUUUAAAUGAUGUAUAUACUACAACUAUUGUGAAUGUAGUACCUUGUAUUUUUGUUGAUUUUUAUAAUAAAUUAUAAAUAGGAGUUUAUAUUAUAUAUAUUUAUGAUAGUAAUAAAGUAUUGUGUUUUCCCUA